AUGGAUAUUGGUUUUGUGGUCCUUGAGAGCAUCCUAGCCAUGGCCAUCAUCACAAUCAACCUGCUGGUGUGUCUCACCAUCUACCUGCACAAGGAACUGCGAUGUAUCACCAACUAUCUGAUUGUCUCCUUGGCGGUGGCUGACCUGGGCGUGGGCGCCCUAGCCAUCCCCUUCUCCAUGGUGCUCAGCAUGGAGUAUACCUUGUAUUUCUACACCUGUCUCUUCCUCAGCUGCUUCCCACUGGUCACCACCCAGUUCUCCAUCCUCCUCUUGUUGGUGAUAGCCAUCCAUACUCACUUGAAGCUCAAGCUACCCAACAGUUACCCCCUGCAUGUGAAGAAGCGCUGGGUGAUGAUCGCCGUGGCCUUCUGCUGGUUGCUGUCCCUCUUGAUUGGCCUCUCCCCGAUGAUGGGAUGGAACCGGUUUCAGCAAUACGGAGGGACCAGAAACAAGACGAUGGCCAUCAGUUUGCAGAAAGCCGUCUUCGUUUUUGUCAUCCAGGAUAAACCUCCCAGGGACCUUCUCUCUCAAGCCUAUCGCGAUCCGAAGAAUCUGAGCUACGGUCACGGCCAAAUCGAGGAUCUGGGCCGCUGUUCUUUCACCUCCAUCUUUAGCCCUGAGUUUCUGGUUUAUUUCAUUUUCUUAAUCUGCACCUUGCUGCCCUUGGCGGCCAUGUUGGGUAUCUACGGCGACAUCUUCCGUGUAGUCCGAGAGCAUUUCCGGUCGCGGCCCCUGUGGCCAGCCAAGAGGAAGGAGAUGCAGAUGGCUUGCACCCUUCUGCUCCUGGUGGGCGUCUUCUUCCUCUGCUGGAUGCCGCUGCACCUGAUCUACUGUAUCCAGCUGCUGUGUCCCAGCUGCGAACAGUACGAGUCUCUGGAACAUCUGGCUGUCUUGCUCUCUCAUCUGAACUCUUUGGCCAACCCGCUGGUCUAUGCUCUGAGGAAGAAAAACGUAGGGCUGGCCCUCCGGUCCGUCUUCCUCUAUCGAGUCUUGCGCUGGCCUUCCGUGAAGACCUGCUGUGGUCCGAGUCCCAAAGUCCAUCCUCAGGCCGAGCAUCUGAUGGGACGUACUGCUGAGCAGAAAUAA